CGGAUCCUUCUCCUCCUGGUAAGGUCAGAUAAGGUAGGCAUCACUUCCAUUUCUUCAUCCUGUCAUCUCAUCGGCCUCUUUUUCUUCCCUUUGUCUCCGCUUCUCCCUUUCUCUUCCAACAAAAGUCAACUCAAACAUAAGCACAAGCACACCACUAAUCUGUUUCCAUCUUGCUGGGAAUAUUUUCCGCCUUCUGACGACAUUUACACCUCCUGACCUGACGAUCGAAAACAACAAAGAACAUACGACGACUGAUUGCGCUCUUUCACUCUCCACCACCCAAUUCGUCUCCCGUCAACUAUCCACAACGACCAGAUCACGACCGUCAUUCAGCCCGAUCCCCCCUUUUUCUUCUACGCUCUUCUCUUUCGCCAAGCUACCCGGCGACUCCGCAUUCUCACUACAGCCCAGCUUUGGCCAUCGAUCGACGGCCUGUCUCGGUAGUUAUUAGAGUCUAAGAAGUACCAUCCCGACCCCGACGCAAUGCCUGCCUCUCUGGAAUCUGCCCGGCCCAUCAUGGCCCCUUCUACUCGCACCUCGGUUCGCCUCAGCACCUACAGCAUGGCGCCCACCGUCCUCUCCACCGACUCGGCCCAGGCCGAGAUCCGCGACAUUCAGACCGGCCUCGACCGAAUGGAAAACAAGGCCCUCGCCUCCCAGCGCGUCGUCCUCUCCGAGGAGAAAACGGCCAACCUCAACAAGCUCGCCCUCGGCGCCAAGCUCGAGCGCGCCCUCGAUCGCCGCCUGAGCAGCCAGGACGCCGUCAUGCGGCGGCCCAUCCUCAAGGAAAAGCAGGAAGUCAUCAGCGAGAAACAGGCGAUGUAAACGCACAUCCUUUUCCAUGGGAAACAAAUGCAAUCGCGGGCCGGUGGAAUUGGCUGAUUGAUACCCGCCGAGGAGAAAUCAGUGGUGGACAAGGCUGGUCAACCAACAUGACGAAUAAAGGCGAGGGCUGUUUGUAUAUUGCUGCUAAAUCCCAUGCUGUGUCGUUUCUAGCGAGGAGGCUAUUUGAAUGGUUGGCAACGUGGUAUCUGUGGCUUGGCUUAUCUGCAGCGGCACGAGCGUAACGUUCUUCACUGCGAUAUUGAGUUUUCUUUUGCAUCAGACACCGUCCGAGGUUGACAGUGUGGGGG